CAAUGGCGGUGGGAAAGUGAAACACAUGCAACAGCGCCCUGUGAGCCGAAAAACAUUAACAUUGGAGCUGAAAGAAGACAUAUAGGCAAAAUGUCUCGGCACAGAAAUGUACGAGGUUACAACUACGACGAAGACUUUGAAGAUGAUGACAUGUAUGGACAAUCUGUGGAUGAUGAUUACUGCAUCUCACCAGCAACAGCGGCACAGUUUAUCUACUCACGGCAGGAGAAGCAAGCACCCAAUGUAGAGCCUGUUGAGGAGGAAGAGGAUGAGGAUGAAGAAGAGGUUCCAAUGUCCCCCACCAUCAGCCACGACCUAGACCCUCUCGCUCAAGCCAAGCUGUACUCAUGUCUGGACCAGAUGCGGGCUGUGCUUGGAGAGGCGAUGCCGGAUUCUGUCCUGACCCAGGCAGCCAUGCAGUGUGGUUUUGACCCACAGAGAGCAUUGGAUGCAGUCUUGUCUGAAGACACUAAGACAAGUUCAGCUGCUAGAACUACCAACCAAGAAAUGGCAUCAGCACCAAGAGCUAAACAGGAAAAAGCCCCGCUAGUGCAAAGAACAAAUCAAGAGGCCUCAGCUGCUCCACAUCCAGAAAAAGCAAAAGUUAGAGAUGCAUCUCAGAACAAGCUGGACUCAGAAGUGGUACCAAAAGUGGCCCGCAUGACUGUCUCUGGCAAGAAGCAGAAAAUGGGCUUUGAUGUGCCCAGCAUGGAGGAGAAUGGUGUGGCCACUGCCUCGGUACGUCGAGGUGGCAGCCGUGAAGACAUUACUGUGACCCCUACCCCAGAGACACCCUCUAAACGUCCUGAGACCCCCUCCAAAGGGUCAGGAGGGGAUGAGUCCCCCGCAGUCCCAAGUGUAGGCCGCACACCGGGGAAGGCCAAGAACCAGAUCAAUGUCAAAGCCGAGCUGGAGAAGAGACAGGGGGGCAAGCCUCUGUUGAAUUUGGUGGUCAUAGGUCAUGUAGAUGCAGGGAAGAGCACAUUGAUGGGUCACCUGCUGUUUCUGCUGGGAAACGUCAACAAGCGCACCAUGCACAAGUAUGAGCAAGAGUCCAAGAAGGCUGGCAAGGCCUCAUUCGCCUAUGCCUGGGUCCUGGAUGAGACAGGCGAGGAGAGGGAUAGGGGUGUCACAAUGGAUGUGGGCAUGACCAAGUUUGAGACAACCUCCAAGGUGGUGACCCUGAUGGAUGCACCGGGACACAAAGACUUUAUCCCCAACAUGAUCACUGGAGCUGCACAGGCCGACGUGGCAGUGCUUGUGGUGGAUGCCAGUCGAGGGGAGUUUGAAGCAGGCUUCGAGGCAGGUGGUCAGACCAGGGAGCAUGGGUUGCUGGUCCGCUCCCUGGGCGUCACUCAGCUAGCUGUGGCCGUCAACAAAAUGGACCAGGUGAACUGGCAACAAGAGCGGUUCAAGGAAAUUCUUUCCAAACUUGGUCAUUUCCUGAAACAGGCAGGUUUCAAGGACUCUGACGUGUUUUACAUCCCCACCAGCGGCCUGUCCGGAGAGAACCUCACCACCAGGAGUUCUGUCCCAGAGCUCACUGCCUGGUACUCUGGACCCUGCCUGCUCGAGCAGAUUGAUGCCUUCAAAUCCCCACAGCGGUCCACUGACAAGGCCUUUAGGCUGUGCGUUUCAGACGUAUUCAAAGACCAGGGCUCGGGCUUCUGCGUGACAGGGAAGAUCGAAGCGGGAUAUGUCCAGACAGGAGACAGGAUUCUUGCUAUGCCUCCCAAUGAGACCUGUAGUGUAAAAGGUAUCACCUUACAUGAUGAGCCUCUGGACUGGGCUGCUGCAGGAGACCACGUUAGCCUCACUGUCACUGGCAUGGACAUCAUUAAGAUCAAUGUGGGCUGUGUGUUUUGUGAUCCAAAGGAGCCUAUUCGAGUCUGCACUCGCUUCAGAGCCAGAGUCCUCAUCUUUAAUAUCGAGGUCCCUGUCACACAAGGCUUCCCUGUACUGUUGCAUUACCAGACAGUUAGUGAGCCAGCCACCAUAAGGAAGCUUGUCAGUGUUCUACACAAGAGCAGUGGUGAGGUCCUCAAGAAGAAACCAAAGUGUUUGGGGAAGGGUAUGAACGCCAUUGUGGAGAUCCAGACCCAGAGGCCAGUUUCGUUGGAGCUAUACAAGGACUAUAAGGAACUGGGCCGCUUCAUGCUGCGAUAUGUAGGCUCCACCAUCGCUGCUGGGGUGGUCACAGAGAUCAAAGAAUGACAACAGUUUCCAACCAGACCGAACCAGUCUUGACCGGAUUAGGCAACUGCAUGCAGCUGCAAGCCAAGUGCAAUUUUCGAAGAGACGCGUCAGUCAUGAGCUCAAACCUUCACAUCCAUCCAUCUCUCCAUCCAGCUGCUUCACCUAACAGCUCUGACAAACACGAAGUACAACAACCAGCGUUGUUGAUGACAUUGUAGCAAGAUGUGCCGCUAUGCGAUCACAUGUCACAGCAGCAUCUGUACUGAUGUCAUAGUGAAGCAUCGCACAACGCGUCCCCCCUCUAGUAAACAGAGCCCACCACUCCUACAACACCAACCUCAAAUUGCCUGUUCCCUCCCCCGACGAGGAGAAAUCCUGUUUCUCUGAUUUCUGAAGUUCGAUCAAGCUAAAUAUUGUAAUUGGCUCUCAGGCUAAACUACAGACCUGAAUUGUAUUUGUUGAAAUAAUGUGCUUCACUAUAGUCAGGUUGGAGAGGCUAUCGUCAGUCCUUUACCAUGGAUUGAAUAUGAACUAGUUCACAAAAGUGGUUGUGAAGGUGUGUCAGUGUCAGCCAGCCAUGAGGUUUAGUCUUGCUGUACUGUAUGCAUAGCAUAUAAAUGAUAAUAAUAAUAAUACAUUUUAUUUGUGGGCGCCUUUCAGAGCACUCAAGGAUACCUUACAGAACAGUUAAAAAAAAAAAAACAAGCAGCGCUGUAUCAGACAGUAUAAAAUCAAAACAAAGCAGGGUAGACAAUAAAAAGUUAAUACAACAUUUAAGUAUAAAAUCAUCACCUGCACAUUAUCAUAUAUCUCAUUAUGAAUCAAAGCUUCCAAUAGUCUCUUUCAUCUGGAGCUAAACAGUCUAGGGUUCAACAAUUUCCAGAUGUUUUGUAGUAGCAGGACAGGUGUCGAGGACAGAAUACCCAACAUAUAUUUUGUGCCAUAAAAAUCGAAAAUCUUCGAUUGUUAAGACUCACACUCAGUCUUUCAACUGGAACCUAGACCCAAAAGUCCUCAUGUAGAUAAGAAUGGAAAAAAAUGCUUCAUUUAACAGGUAUUAAAUUAAAUUAAUUAAUUCAAUAGGUAGAGGACUGUCCUGUCCUCUACCUCCAGCACCUUGCAGGAGUCAAAAGUCAGAUUAAACUCCUCUCCAAAAUGACCAUGCUGACAAGAGGGCUCAAGAUCACUCUCUUUACUGAAGUCAGAUGGAGUAAGGUAAAACUGGGAAAUAAACAUACAAUACAUACAAUGAAAUGAUAAACAAUUUGACUGGCAGGAAAGAAAAUAACUUGUGCAAAAUACACAAGUAUUGUCAUUACAGUUGAAACAUAUUUUUAAAAUGACUUGAAGGAUAUAUGCCAUUCGUGAUACUGAAAUAUGUCUCUUUAUUUGGGAAUUAUAGAAGAGAUGGAUAAACUGUUACAACUUUAGUAAUAAAUUCUAUCCAGUUAAAUAUGUUAUCCAUUCAGGUAGAAAUCAGACUUGUUAACCGAAAUGCAAGUCAGCUCUUUCUUUACAAAACGGCCAUGCUAAAUAAACAUUGAGUUCACAUACACCCCGAAUACUCCUCGUUAACAGAAAUAAACUUUGCGAUUUACAUUACAUACCAACGAUGCCUUCAAAGACCGGCUUAAAGUUGAAGAAAUUGUAAAACAUGGAGAAGAGCAGUAUGUUUUUUUUUCCGUUGAGAAACAAUAGCGGACGUCUACUGAUGAUGUCAUUAAACAAUUAGAUUAAUUAAAAUAUUAAACAUUAAACAUAAGAAUGAAAUAGGCUUUUUUCAAAGAUAUUUUUAAGCACAAGUCAAAGUCAAAUUGUUUAAUCUCAGUUUACCACAAUCGGUUUAGCUUGUAUCGCUCAAGAAUUUUUGCUUUUCAAAUGUUGAAGCCAAUUGAACAAACUCCACCAAGGUUGUUCGCUCAAACCGAGGACAGAUACACCGCGUGGUAAGACUUUUUGAAAAUAAAAGGGAAGCUUGAGUGGCCAUAUGGAAAACGUGACCCAAGUUCUCCAUCUGUCCAACCUCAUUUGUCUUAUCAAAGGUACAUGCUUCAGUUACUUUUCCCAGGGAGGUUUCAGUCUAGAAGGGGCUGAUGUAUAGAUGAUCUGUGGACAAGGUUGGUGUCUGGGAUGGGGGGUCAUUCUCUUCAUGGGUGGAAUCAGACAAGCUGGUGGUGAUGAUGUGAAUAAAGUGGUGUUGACUUGCACAUGA